AUGGCAUACCCUAUACAACUAGGCUUUCAAGAUGCAACAUCUCCAAUCAUAGAAGAACUGCUUCACUUUCAUGACCAUACGCUAAUAAUCGUCUUUUUAAUUAGCUCAUUAGUCCUUUAUAUUAUUUCACUAAUAUUAACACCAAAACUAACUCACACCAGUGCAAUAGAUGCACAAGAAGUAGAGACAAUCUGAACCAUUCUACCCGCUAUUAUCCUGAUUUUAAUUGCACUCCCGUCCCUACGAAUUCUAUAUAUAAUGGAUGAAAUCAACAACCCAUCCCUCACAGUAAAAACCAUGGGACACCAAUGAUACUGAAGCUAUGAAUAUACAGAUUAUGAAGACCUGAGCUUCGACUCCUACAUAAUUCCAACAUCAGAGCUAAAGCCAGGAGAACUACGACUACUAGAAGUCGAUAAUCGAGUCGUAUUGCCCAUGGAGAUGACAAUCCGAAUACUGGUAUCCUCCGAAGACGUUCUACACUCAUGGGCCGUACCCUCCCUGGGGUUAAAAACAGAUGCAAUCCCGGGUCGUCUGAACCAAACAACCCUAAUGUCUACCCGACCAGGCCUGUAUUAUGGUCAAUGCUCAGAAAUCUGCGGAUCAAACCACAGCUUUAUACCUAUUGUCCUCGAGAUAGUUCCGCUAAAGUAUUUUGAAAAAUGAUCUGCAUCAAUACUAUAA